AUGUGCUCACCUGCCCAUCGCCGAAGUUGUGAUCCCACCCUUGCACUCUCCCCUGCCUUUCCUUCCCGCAAUCUCCAUCUCUCGCAUGGCAGAUCUCAGUACGCCACCUGA